AUGAAUCUGUCAAUGCUUGGCACCCUGUUUGGUAUGUGUUGGCUCCUGACUAGCAAAGCUUCAGAGUUCCCUUAUCUGAAUCAGGCCAAGGAACAGCUGCAUGCAGAUAUUGCUGACCUAGAGACAAAGGCUUCAAGCCCUAUCAAGGAUGUCACAGUGGUAGGAGCAUACCCACAAUCCUCUUUUGAGUGUCAACAGGCCAGGCCCCUUGACUUUAUUGGAUUCCAGUCCUUUGCUGAGGACAGUGGUAACAGCCUUUUGAGUUCUUUGUUCUGGGCAGUUGGAAGCUGGCCAGCCAGUGUUGAUGAGAUAUCUGGUGUGAUUUUAGUCACCAGUGGCACUGGGGAAUUGGAGGUUGGUCACUGCCACAAACAAGGUGCUGGAGAGUGCCUUCAUGAGAAGAUGUGGAUAGGGAAGGUUACAUCAGGAGACUGA